UUCCCUGUGUAAGUUUGUCACCAGCCUCAUAAAACCAUGUGUGCAGGUUAAUUUUUUCUCUCAGAAUUCUCCCUGUCCUCGGUCAGGUGGGUAUUAAAAGGCAUUGGUUCACUGAGAGGGAGCCCAGUGUGCUGCUUGUUACUGUAAGUGACAGAAGCUGGUAGACGCGAGAGUCUUCUGGAGAAGUCCUGCACAUUUUGGGAACACUCCGUCGCCAACUUCCUUCAGUUGGAUUCUACCUCCCAGGCUCAGACUCCCGGCUCCACCAUGUCCGCCCUUGCCUCCUCCUCCGCGGUUCUCCCUCCCUCCUGCUCCUCCAACGCCACCCUGUGUUCGGGCACCUCCUGCCUGGUCCCUCCCAGCAACUUCAACGAGAUCCUGAGCGUGGUCCUGAGCGCCGUGCUCACGGUCAUGCUGGCCAUGGUCAUGUUCGCCAUGGGCUGCACCGUGGACAUCUACAAGCUGUGGGGCCACAUCCGGAGGCCCUGGGGUAUCUUCGUGGGCUUCCUGUGCCAGUUCGGCAUCAUGCCCUUCACCGCCUUCGCCCUGUCCCUGGCCUUCAACGUGUUGCCCAUCCAGGCUGUGGCCAUCCUCAUCAUGGGCUGCUGCCCUGGCGGGUCCAGCUCCAACAUCCUGGCCUACUGGCUGGACGGGGACAUGGAUCUCAGUAUCAGUAUGACAACCUGCUCCUCCAUACUGGCCAUGGGAAUGAUGCCUCUGUGCCUGCUCAUCUACACCUCCGUCUGGACUUCUGCAGACACCAUCCAGAUCCCCUAUGAGAGCAUAGGUAUCACUCUGGUAUCUCUCCUGAUCCCUGUCGCGUUAGGGAUCUACGUCAAGAAUCGGUGGCCCUCAGCCGCAAAGAAGAUCCUCCAGGUGGGCUCCAUCAUGGGCAUUGCCCUCAUCGUCAUUAUCGCGGUGGUGGGUGGGGUUCUGUACCAGUCCUCUUGGGUCAUCUCCCCCUACCUCUGGGUCAUCGGCGCCAUCUACCCCGUGAUAGGCUUCGGCCUGGGCUUCCUGCUGGCCCGCUUUGUAGGGCAGCCAUAUUACAGGUGUCGCACCAUCGCCUUGGAGACGGGCUUCCAGAAUGCGCAGCUCUGCAGCACCAUCAUCCAGCUGUCCUUCUCUCCUGAGGAGCUGGAGGUCAUGUUCAGUUUCCCGCUCAUCUACAGCAUCUUCCAGCUGGUGGUUGCCGUGGGAUCAGUAGGAGCCUACCAGUUGUACAAGAAGCACUGCCGGAAGGCGUCGCCCCUUGAAGACUGCGAAGGGGCGGAGCCCAGUGACGGAGAGGAGAAGAAGGAGCACGCUCUGGAGAACGGCGGGUUCCAGUGCGACGAGAACGGCAACUUAGACGGCAAGUUCACCCCGCUGUGAAUGCGUGAAGACCACGCACGUCUCAAAAAUGCACCUGAUUGGAGCACAGGCACCUUAUGCCCUGACCCCUGCAGGCCACUCUCAUGUACUGCCAUUUCAACUGACCAAUAAGUGCAGGGUUUUUGUGGACAUUUCUCCAAAAAAAAAAGACUUAGCUGAAAUUGAUGCAGAGUAACAAACAGACGCAUCAACUAACUGGCAUUUGUGUUCCAUCCUGGUCCAUGGACACUCUGGCCUUUGAGAAGACCUGACAGAGUGAAAAGUUUGAGGGAGAGCUGUUUGGUUGCCACACAAGUCCAUCGCACUCACUCUUCCUUGAUGUUGUGUGCUGGAUUAGAGUUAGGAAGACUCUCAUAAACUAGUGGGACAAUGGCAAGUGGAAUUUUUAAAACGGCAAUUUUCAUAAUAUAUACUUGUAAAAACAAAACUAAUUUAUUAUGUUUACAUGCCGUCUGCAUAUAAAUAUAAAAUAAAAUUGUGAUUAUUACAGAUAACUCUAUAUGUAAUAACCACAUAAUUGUAUGUCUUAUUGGAGGUUUCAAUUCAUGAGCAUUGUAAUAUUUGUCAUAUGUAUAUUUAUUGUGUAUUAAUUAUUAAUCACAAAGUUAAAUAUGAAGUUUUAUAGUUAUUUCCAUCAGUUUGAUGAGUUUAAACGGUCUAAAUUUUGUUCAUGUUUUCCAAAAUAAUAAAUCUAUAUUCAU